AUGAGCCCCUGGGGCUCUGGGUUCUGCAGCUGGCAGAGGGGAGGUUGCGUUGGCAUGGGCCAGUGUUUGAGGUACCAGAUGCACUGGGAGGACCUGGAAGAGUACCAGGCCUUGACCUUCCUGACCAGAAAUGAAAUUCUGUGCAUCCACAACACCUUCCUGAAGCUCUGCCCUGCGGGCAAGUAUUACAAGGAGGCCACACUGACCGUGGACCAGGUCAGCUCCCUGCCAGCCCUGAGGGUCAACCCUUUUCGAGACCGCAUCUGCAGGGUGUUCUCACACGACAACGUGUUCUCCUUCGAAGAUGUGCUGGGCAUGGCAUCCGUGUUCAGCAAGCAGGCCUGUCCCAGCCUGAAGAUUGAGUAUGCCUUCCGCAUCUACGAUUUUAACGAGAAUGGCUUCAUCGACGAAGAGGACCUGCAGAGGAUCGUGCUGCGGCUGCUGAACGGCGAGGACAUGUCUGAGGACCUGCUGACAGACCUCACGCAGCAUGUCCUGAGCGAGUCGGAUCUGGACAGUGACAACAUGCUGUCCUUCUCAGAGUUUGAACAUGCAAUGGCCAAGUCUCCCGAUUUCAUGAAAGGUCACGGCAAGAACGCCCACCCAAGAUGGCUUAAGAAACCAACCCCACAGGAACAGAGAGCUGUCUCUCCUCUCUGCCGACUGCUUCUCCUCCACACUUAGCCUCACGCUGCGGGCCAGCCGUCUCCGCUUUGUCAGACACGAGGCCAUCACAGCCCUCCUCCAGCGGCCAAGUUUAUAUCUCCUUGACUUGAGCCUCAGCCCUUCCUAACUGGUAUCUCAGUUCAGACCUGAAUUCCCAGAGAGACACAGUCCAGGUGCUCGAGGUCCUGGUCCAAC